AUGCCAGAGGCCGAAUCUCUGUCGCUUAGAGAGCUAAUAUCGGUUCUUCAAAAGCAUGCAGGGAAUCAGGAUGAUCAAGCAGACGGGGAUGAGUCGGUUUCCACAGGCCUGCACGAGUUUCUUGAAGAAUCAAAUGGAUUUUAUGUGUUGCAUUUUUCCAGAUUUGAUGUGACUGUGAACCCGAAUUUAGGGCUCCUCGAACAGGAUGUUGCUCUGAUCUUCAAAGCCGUUGGUCCCAAUGUGCUUUCCGAAAACGUCGAAAAUCUGGUAAUGAAAUUCUUGUCGUAUUUCAUUGGACCAAUCCAAUUUGUAAUGGAAGCGGCCGCAGUGCUUGCCGCUGGACUGCAAUUUUGGAUUGAUUUUGGAAUCAUUUGCGCCAUGCUUAUUUUAAACGCCUGUGUUGGGUUUUUGCAAGAGUAUCAGGCAGGAUCCAUUGUUUCCGAGUUGAAAGAGUGCAUGGCUUUGCAGACAGAUGUCAUUCGAUACAAUGGGAUAUCGAUGAAAUUGCCGUCAAAAGACCUUCUUCCGGGCGACAUUGUUGUCAUUGAAGAGGGCACGAUUAUUCCGGCGGAUGGAAGAAUCAUAGCAUAUGGGGAUCCCUUUUUAUUGGUGGACCAGUCUACAAUUACGGGGGAAUCUCUUCCCAUUGAAAAGAAAGUCGGAAAUGAUGUAUAUUCGUCCUCCAUUGUCAGGUCUGGAUCUGCAAGAAUGAUAGUCACCUCUACCGGAGAUACCACAUUUAUUGGCAAGACCGCUGUUCUUGUCAAUAAGACUGAACGGGUAGGUCACUUUGAGGCUGUUCUUUCUUCAAUCGGAACCGUGCUGUUGGUUAUUGUGGUCAUAUUUAUGACGGCAGGGCUCAUCAUAAACUUUUACCGCUCAGCUUCGAUGGUGGAGCAAUUGACUUUCAUUUUUGUGAUUGCACUUGUUGGCGUUCCCGUUGGUCUUCCAGCAGUCGUGACAACUACGCUCGCAGUUGGAGCCGCUGAACUGGCUCGUAAGCGAGUGGUUGUCAAAAAGCUUGCCUCCAUUGAAUCUCUAGCCGGUGUGGAUGUGCUUUGCACAGACAAAACAGGCACGCUUACGGAAAACAAACUUUCUGUGGAGGUUCCUGUUUUUUUUAGUCCCUACACUUCUGGCGAUGUUAUGCUUGUUGCUGCAGCCACAUGCUCGCGUUCGUUGAGGGGCAUGGAUGCCAUUGAUCACGCCCUGUUGUCAUCGCUGACGCGGUUUCCAGAUGCUCUUUCUCGUCUGGAAAACUUGAGAAUUAUCUCGCUCGUACCGUUUGACCCUGUUUCAAAAAAGGCAACCGCCAUUGUGGAGGACUCGAAGGGCAACCGUUCUUUGUACAUAAAGGGGUCUCCUCAAAUCAUUUUAGACCUUGCCCCAUCAGACUAUAGCGCAAGCUUAAAGGAGCAAUAUGAACAUGCGGUUUAUUUAUUGGCCACAAAAGGCUUUCGUUCUUUGGGAGUCUCCAGACAAAGUGGCGACUCAAAAGAGUAUCAAAUUGUUGGAAUCAUUCCACUACAUGACCCUUUGCGUCAUGAUGCUGCCACGACCAUCAACGAGGCCCAAAAGCUAGGGCUUUCCAUUAAAAUCUUGACGGGCGAUGCUUUGGCCAUUGCCAUCGAAACUGCAAGGCAGCUUGGGCUCAAUUCCAGAAUCUUGCCGGCAAACGAUAUUUUCACCGACACCGACUUGUUCCAAGUAAGCAUACCGGAUAUCGGUAGUGUGGUUGAAAGUGCAGAUGGCUUUGCACAAGUUUUCCCGCAACACAAGUAUCGUGUGGUUGAAGCUCUCCAAAAGAGAGGGCAUUUGGUCGCCAUGACAGGCGAUGGAAUCAAUGAUGCUCCAUCUCUCAAGAUUGCAGACACCGGAAUCGCCGUUGAAGGGGCUUCUGCGGCGGCACAGGCGGCCGCCGACAUUAUUUUCCUGAAAGCUGGUCUCAGUGUGAUCAUUGAUGCUCUAAAGGCGUCCAGGAAAAUUUUUCAGCGCAUACGCGCCUAUAUCAUCUAUCGGAUUGCACUGUCCCUUCAAUUGGAAAUCUUUUUUGUCACUACACUUGCUAUUCUUGGCACAACUAUUGACGUCAACCUGAUUGCUUUUCUUGCUAUCUUUUCAGAUAUUGCCACGCUUGCCAUUGCCUAUGACAAGGCUUCAUAUUCUUUGGAGCCGUCUUUUUGGAACAUCGGGUAUAUAUGGAUGCUUGCCUCGAUACUUGGGCUGUUUUUGGCCAUUUCAACAUGGAUCCUUAACGGAGCUUUGCUGUUGACCAGCGGCACCGGUAUCAUCCAGUCGUACGGAAAUGCCGAUUUUAUAGUUUUCCUGCAAAUUGCACUGUCCCAGUCGUGGGUUAUCUUUGUGUCUAGGUAA